UGUUUAAAACAGAACCAUUCAACUAUACAUGGCUUCACUCUCCAGCUUAUGGUUGUAGGAUGAUUGUACACUGUUUAAUAUGGGCUCAUGGAGUCACAGUGGGUUCACGGCUACACGGGAUAAGAUGCUCGCAUUUAAACCAAUUCACGACCUUUCACACACUUUCACAUUUGUCUGUGGCUUUAAAGCAGCAGUGGGAGUGCGAGAGUAAGUUGUGUUUUCUUUGUAAUGAACGUGUUUCAUAGAAUCCACCCAUUUUGUUUAUUGGAAUAAAAAAAAAAUCCAACAAUAGAAUCAAGCCAAUCAGAAGCCGCGUGCGUGACCCAGUGGAAAUCGUUCGGUACUUUCCUCACUUCGACGUCUCUCAACCGAACACGGAAAAGGAGGAUACUUCACGCCGCACGGAAAGCGAUGGCGACCGCCGACGGCCGCUCUCCCGCGCUUCUCCCGGACGACUGCGUCAUCUGCAUGGACGCGGUCAGGGAGAAGAAGACGCUGAGGUGCCGCCACUCCUUCUGCUCCGCGUGCAUCGACUCGUUCUUCAAGCUGAAGCCCGCCUGCCCCAUCUGCAACACCUACCACGGCGUGUACACGGGCACGCAGCCGGCGGGCACGAUGACGGCCACGCGCAGCUCCCAGCACGUGCCCGGCUUCGAGCGCUGCGGCUCCAUCGUCAUCCAGUACCGCUUCCCGGCGGGAAUCCAGGGGCCCGAGCACCCGAACCCUGGCGUGGGCUACAGCAGCACGUGCCGUACCGCCUUCCUGCCAGCCUGUGAUGAGGGAGAGAAAGUCCUGAAGCUGCUGAGGAAGGCCUUCGACAGGCGACUCGUCUUCACCGUCGGACGCUCCGCCACCACAGGUCUCAACAACGUCAUUACCUGGAACGAUAUCCACCACAAGACCAGCAUGGGAGGCGGUCCACAAAGCUUCGGAUAUCCGGAUCCAGAAUACCUGUUCAGGGUUCGAGAGGAGCUUCGUCUUAAAGGAGUGACGGAGGACGACUGAUGGCUGGAGACAACCUUCAAGGACUUUUAAUACUGUGUAUUGUUAUAAGCUCCUUCUUUCAAGCCUGCACGUUUUGCAGCAGGAAUCCUGAGGUCAUAAGUUAAGAGAUGUGGAGGUUAUUGACCUCCCAAAGAAUGUCCAGCUCUAAGCCAACUAUGCAAAAAGUCCUAAUAUAGUCUGUGCACUAUGUACCAAAACACAGGCAUUACAGCACAGCUAGUUCAGCUUCAGGGAAUCUACUACUGAUCACUAGUCAACAGGGAGAAAACACACUGUUGCAUUUUUACUACUCUAGCUUGUAUUGGGUCAAAUACACAGGACGUCUGGGAAAUGAAUAGUGAUAGAAAGUGUUCACCCAGACACAAAUCCAAUGUCUGUAGCAUCGUUAGACUGAGUGAAUUGUUUACAGGACAAAGUCUGCUGAUUUUCUUUUUUUUGUGUACUGUAACUUUACCGUACACAUCCAUCGCUGCCCCGAAACCAUUAAAUCCACAUAAACAGGUGAAAUUUUACUUAGUUUCAGUUUUAGAGUAAUUCUCAGUAGCAUUUAAUUAAAUAAUCAAAGCAGUUUUC